AUGGUUCAAACAUCGUUUGGAAGAGAUUCCGAGUCAGCAUAUGGCUCAGAAGUAUCUUCAAAUGCCACUUUCAAACUUCAGAAAGAUAGAUUUCAAAUCGAAGAAUCGACAGCAAUAAAGGAAAUAUGGUAUGAAUGGAUCAGAAAUAAACUUCGUCAUUAUAUGAUUCUGGAAUUGUUUUUUUCGAUUUGUCUCGUUUUGAUUCUAUGGAAACAAUACCAUAUUUCAUCUCAGAACGAUAUAACUCUUGAAUUGAUUUCAAGUAUUCAAUCGGAAUUCCGAAACUUCAAACUACAUAUUGAAUCUAAUAGAGCUCCCAAACCAACCGAAAAUGUGAAUCUGGAUGAAGGAAAUAAGAAAUUAGAAGAAUUAGUUGAAGAAGUGAUGAAAGAUAUCAAGAAUCCAUCGGUUGAGAUAAAUCAAAAAUCGAAGGAAUAUCCGAAACAAUUCAUCCCAGCUCAAGAUAAUUCAUCUCCAAAUAAUUCAGUUUUCCAAAUAAAUGCAGCAAGUCUUUUUCUCGGAGCAACAGUUGAUUCGAGUCGAUCAUCCAAUUCAGACAAUAAUCCAUUAUUUGGGAGAGAUCAAAGUGGUUAUGUAUUGAUUGAUAGAUCUGAUCCACCAUCAGAUAAAGCAUGGUGUUCAAAUGAGGAGAAUCCAAUUCUGACUAUUGAUUUGGCGAAGUAUAUCAGACCAAUUUCAGUGUCUUAUCAACACUCGAAAUGGUCAGAAAUGGUUCCAGAUGGUGCACCGAGCAGAUAUGAUGUACUUGCUUGUCUCGAUUACUACUGUAACAAUCUAGAACCACUUGUCUCAAAUUGUGAAUAUAAAGCAACUAGAGACAACAAACAAGAACAAUUCUGCUCAAUUCCAUUCAAUAAAAAUCAUUCUUCAAUUGGAAAAAUUCAAUUUCAUUUCCGUCAAAACCAUGGAAAUGUCAUGAAAACGUGUGCUCAUUCGAUUCGAGUCUACGGAGAGACGAAAGAAGUUCCAAAAGUUAAAGAGAGGACUCUGAAACAGGCUGAAACUUGUUCUGAACUCACUUAUGACUAUCAUCAUAAAUCGUGGACUUACAAUACGAUUGACCGCAAGAAUUGCACAGUACUUUACUCGAAUGGCUGCUGUACUGAAUGCCCGGAAUGCUGUGAUGAAUUCGUUUUCAAAAUGAAUCGAUUGAAUAUCGAAGAAGAAGAAAAUAAUACAAAAAAUGCACCGGGAAUGUGGUAUCAAUGGUUAGAAUAUCGAUUACGAUAUUAUAUGGUUUUAGAAGGAAUUAUAAUAAUUAUACUAUUCUUUUCCUUAUCGAAUUAUCAUGAUUUAGCCUCAAGAAAUAUGGAAUUGAAUGCAAAACUAGAAAUACAUAUAGAUAAUUUGGGCAAGCGGCUUGAUGAGAUAUAUGAACUACUGAAAACGAAUUCUGUUCCGAAACCAGAGAGGAAUGAAAUGCUCAAGAGCAUCCAAGAAGAAUCGAUUAGACCAGUAGAAGUCAAAACAAGCGAAAAAUUGAUUGAGAAAUCAAACUCGUUUCCAAUAAAUUCAUUGAAUUACUCUCGUUUCGAAAUGAAUGCAGCCAAUAUUCUGAUGGGCGCCUCAGUGGAUUUAGGCCUUUCUUCUUCUUCUGUUUCAUCCGAAGAUGGAUUUUUCAACAACUUUUUCUAUCCAUUUACCCGUGAUCAAAGUGGAUAUAUUCUGUUGGAUCGAGAAGAACUUCCACCGAAUAAAUCUUGGUGCUCGGACGAAGAAAAACCAGUUCUCACAAUCGAUUUGGUAAAGAAUACUGAAAUAAUGUAUGUCUCUUAUCAACAUUCAAAAUGGAAUGGAGUUUUUCCAGAUGGUGCACCAAAGAAAUAUAAUGUUCUGGCUUGUCUCGACUCGAAAUGUGAAAAUUUGGAGCCUCUUGCAACUAACUGUGAAUAUGAAAAAUCAGUUAAUGGCCAGUAUAUCCAAGAACAAAUGUGUCGAAUAUCUUCGGAUUCUGUUGCUCCUCCAGUCAGAAAAGUGCAAUUUCAUUUCCUGGAAAACCAUGGAAAUGUAGAAAAGACUUGUAUUUACUCCAUUCGAGUCUUUGGAAUUCGGAGAAACUUAUUCAGAACUGAACAGAAAAAAUUGGAAGAUAAAAAGAAAUGCGAGGAACUGGCAUGGAAUCAUAAGCACUCUUCUCUGGUUUAUAGUUGGGUCAGUUCACUUUUUAUUUGA